ACAGGACCACAAAGGUUAAACAUUACUGAGUUUAUGGUGCUUCUCAGAAAGCCACAGACACAAAAAGGAGAACCUGAACACAACUGUAUGCAUCGGAUGAGUGAUGAGUGCUGCUGACAGUCCGUCCUCAAUGGAGUCCAAACUGGAGGCUCUGGAGUGCCACUUCACCUGGGACCUGGACGCCAGCCGGUCCAAGCUUUCCUUCGUCCGGGACCUGCUGGAGGACAUGGGGAAUGAGGAGGGCUUCAGCUGGCUGGGUCAAAAAUACAACCUGCUGGGGUUUCUUCACCACCUGCUGGACCAGGAUGAAGAGGCCCGGCGGCUCUUCUGCAGGGCCACGGAGGCUUUCCGCCAGAUGAGGAACGAGGUGUCGGAUGAGGGCCCCUGGUUGGUGGUGAACUAUGGGAAUCUGGCCUGGCUGUCCUUCCUCAUGGGAGAACCUGCCCAGAGCCGGGGUUACCUGGCCACGGUCCACAGGCUGAGGACGGAGUACCCGUCUCCGUCCGAGGACGAGCCCCACCCGGAGAUCUGUGCGGAGAAGGCCUGGACCCUGAUGAAGUUCGGCAAAGAGAAGAAGCUGAAGGCUGUGGACCUCUUCCAGAGAGCCAUCAGGAUGCAGCCGGACCGGGUGGAGUGGCAGACCAGCCGCGUCAUUGCGCUGUCAAGUGAUUUCAAAUGGAACAUUAAAGACCUGGGGGCCGACAUCAUCGGGAAGAUGAGAGUCGCCAAAGAGCACGACCCGGACAACACCUACCUGGCUGCCUUCUACCUGGAGAAUCGCGCGGCCUGCGGGGAAGACGUGGAAGAUGAGGCACGCCAGCUGGCGCAAAAGAUUCUCCAGAAGCCGGUGGGCACCUACAGCGGCAUGAACACGCUGUUGAGGCUUUACAGACAGUACAUCUCCAUGGAUGAGGCCAUACAUUUGGCAGAGGAGGCCUUGCAAAGGCACCCCGAGUCGCGCUUUCUGAAGAGGGCCGCGGCCGUCUGCUACAAAAGGAGGAUCUUUGACGAGCGGAGGAAUGAGGAGCCCAAAAUGAUAGAGAGAGCCAUCACUCUGUGCAAGGAGGUGAUCGCCCUCUAUCCGGAGUCCUCGCUGGAAAUGCAGAUGAACCUGGCACAAAUCUGUGCAAAGCAGAACCCUGCAGAGGCCGAACAGAUGUUCAACCAGCUUCUGAAACAGGAUCUAGAGGCUGUGGACACGCAGAUGCUUUACAACUGCUAUGCAAAGCAUUUCUAUUUCAUUAGAAAUGAUUACCGGAGGUCUGUGGAGAACCACAUGAAGGCAGCAGAGAUACCACAACCGUCCAGUUACCGGCAGAACAGCAUCAGAGAGCUGAGGAAGGCCAGAGACAAAAACCUGAUGCGCAGAGAAAUCGACGAGUUCCUGGAAACUCUGCCACAGUGACAUCCCUGCUUGGUUAAAUCCAGAAUAUGCUGGCCCCUGUUUAACCUCUGACAUCCACACACAAAGAGGUAUUAUCCUUUUAAAUCAAUCUCAUGCCUUACGUCAAGAUAGAAUGAUUUACAUAGUCAAAUCAAUUGUUCAAAAGUUUCAAGACCCCUUAAAAAAUGAAACCUCCAAAGACUUAAAGAGCAUAAAACAUGUCUUCCACUUGGAUUAUUGCUUCCUGUCUUGAUACGCUGUUUUUUCUGUGUGAAAAUUGUUGAGAAGUAAAAUAAAAGUAGAUCUAAAAUGGCUGUAG